AUGCUACCCCGAGCCAUUUCAAUUCCUGCUCUGCUGGCGUCAGCCCUUACCCCGAGCCUGGCCCAGAGCAUCGCUGGCGUCGACAAGCGCUGCACGGCACCGAGCCAGUACUGCGGCAACGGCGCUGUCUGCUGUCCCGGCUCCGCCUGCAGCUUAUCCGGCUACUGUACACUUUACGGUACCGCAGGCCAAUACUGUGGUAACGCCGUGCCGUGCGCGUCUGGCUUGGAUUGUAGCACAGCUGGCUAUUGCACACCGUAUGGCAAAAGAGGCGAUUACUGCGGAAAUGCUGUCCGAUGCGCCGCUGGCUUGAAUUGUAACUGGAAAGAUAAUCUCGCUGUAGUUACGGGUUUCCCACAUGGCGCUUACCAUUUUUUAGCCGUCGAACCGGCUAUCGCCAUCUCCCAGUGUUCUGCAACUGUCGCCUCAGCCAUGUUUCAUCAACCGUCGUUGCCAGGAUCAACUUUCAUCACAAACCACUGA